CGUGAAAAUGCUAAAAAUGUCUAUACAAAUUUCUGAUACAAAUAUAUCCUGAAGUUAAUAGAAAGUGAAUCUGUCAAAAAAAUUUUGAUCAAAUAAUUAAUAACCAUAUAACACAAACAGCAAUAUUGAAAUUUAGCUGAAUUACUCUUUUGGCAACAUGGAUGCUACGCAACUCACUGAACUGAUUGGCAGUCACGACUUUAUGCAGCUCCAGCAGCAACUGCAGCACAACAACAACAACUACAAUACGGACGGGCACAAUGGAUUAUCACCGGAAUCGGCGGAGAGAAGCUCACGACCCGUGCGACGUGCCACGCGACGCACCUCACAGCUAAGCAAUAACACCUACGAUCUGGAGAUGACGGACUCCAGUUCGCAGAGUGACGACACCAGCGCCGGUGGCGGGAGCAGCAACGGUGGCGGCAGCAGCACAAACAACAAUUGCAAUCCACAGGGCAACAAUGUCCAUGGCAGUCAGCGACCCUCGAGCCGGGGCAGGCAACAAAGUGGCAGCUCCAGCUUGACACCCAACAGCGCCAACUCCAACUCCAACUCCAAUGCGAAUCGGCGACGCAAGGGAGCAUUGAAUGCCAAGGAGCGAAACCUGCGACGCUUGGAGUCCAAUGAGAGGGAACGCAUGCGGAUGCACAGUCUCAAUGAUGCGUUCCAAUCGCUGCGUGAGGUCAUUCCGCACGUGGAGAUGGAGCGACGUCUAUCGAAGAUUGAGACACUGACGCUGGCCAAGAAUUACAUCAUCAAUCUGACCCACAUUAUACUCUCGAAGCGCAACGAAGAGGCAGCCGCCAUGGAGCUCAACGGUGGUGCAGUCGGUGGCGUCUUGCUCUCGGGCCUCACCAGCGAUAGCAAUGGUGGCGUAACCAAUAAUGGUGGUGGUGCCACCGCCAAUGGAAUCUGUUUUGAGGAUGCUUUGGCCAAUAGUGGUGCCUAUGAUUGCGCCUUGUUGGCUGCCACCGAUGGCAGUCUGUUGAGUGCUGCCACAGUGUCUGCCACGCCUGCAAUUCCUGCAAUGCAGAGCUUGCAACAACAACCGAUGCACAUGCAUCCACAGGCGCAGGUGGAUCAGCAAACGCAGCAACAACAUCUGACACAUCAUCAUCAACUGUUGCAUGCUCAUGCUCAUCUGGGCGCCAACAUGUUGCUGCCGCAACAGCAACAGCAGCCACAGCAGCAGCAACAGUCGCAGCAACCAACACUUAUACUCAACGGUGGUUCCACAGUUACUGUCGGUGGUGUGGCCGUUAAUGUGGGUGUGGGUGUGGGAGUAGGGGUGGGGGUAGGCGUGGGUGUUGGUGUUAAUGUUGGUGGCACAGGCGGCGGUGUUUUCUCAGAUGUCAAUGAUAAUUUCGAUGAGCCCUUUCGAGAGUUAUUCUAA